AUGCAACAACCCGCGAAGCAAAGCGAAGGCGUGGCCGAGGAGCUUCCUCCUGCCUACUCUCCGGCGCAGGUCGCAUCCCCAGGGCCUGACGUGAGCCCCGCGACGCACCUGCCGGCCGAUGUCAAUGCCCAGUCAAAGCCGUUGCCAAACUCGCCCAUGGCGCCCGGAAACGCAGCUGUCGCCGCCGUAACACCACUGCAUCUUCUAGGGGACUACCCGCAAUCAAUCGACUGCCCGUUUUGCCAUCAGCGCACCCAGACGCGUGUCGAGAAAGUUGGAACACCCAUGCAGAUGGUCGCCGGCGUGCUCUGCUGCCUCUUCUGUGUCUGUCUGGCGUGCGUGCCCUGCAUGGCGGGGUGGUUCGAGGAGACGCACUAUUUCUGCAUGUCAUGCAAACAGAGGGUCGCUAUGAGGCCCGACUCGGGCGCCAUCCAGGUCUUCGGCCCGCAGACACUGGUGCCCUCGCAGUACCCCGCCGCCGGCCCUCAGACACUAGUUCCCUCGCAGUACCCCGCCGCCAAUGCGUCUGGCGCCGCUCCCGCCCCGUCAGUAGCCCCGGUCGUCGCCCCGUCGCCGGCCGCAGACUCGAUGCCGGCUCCAUCUGAGAAAUGA